AUGGAGGAACAGGAAAGGCAAGCAAAUGAACUAAGGAAACUAGAGGUUGAAACCAAGCAGAGCGAACUGGAAAACUUGGUAAGACAACAAGCCAUGGAAGAGCAGCGCAGGAAAAUUGACCGUUUGGAAGAGGUCAAAAAGCUGAACGCUGCCAAAGCCAGAGUAAAAGUCUACCAAGAGGCUGAACACUACUCUGGAAGUCAAAGUUUGUCAAGCAAGCAUAGAGCGUACACCAACCACUGCACCUCCAGCCACGACUCCGUAAAGCUGAUCAAGUUCGCGGACGACACCACCCUCAUUGGACUCAUCUCCAACAACGAUGAGUCUGCCUACAGGAGGGAGGUGGACCGCCUGGUGUCCUGGUGCAGUGGUAACAACCUGGAGCUGAACGCCCAGAAGACAGUGGAGAUGAUUGUGGACUUCAGGAAGAGCACUGUCCCCCCGCCCCCACCCUCCGUGAUGGACUCCCCCAUCACCUCUGUGGAGUCCUUCCGUUUCCUGGGCACCACCAUCACCCAGGACCUCAAGUGGGAGCCGACCAUCAGCUCCCUCAUCAAGAAGGCCCAGCAGAGGAUGUACUUCCUGCGGCAGCUCAGGAAAGCCAAGCUGCCUGCACAGAUGUUGGUGCAGUUCUACACGGCCACCAUCGAGUCCAUCCUCACCUCCUCCGUCACCUCCUCCGUCACCUCCUCCAUCACCGUGUGGUUCGCUGGAGCCACAGUCAGGGACAAGCAGAGACUACAGCACAUUGUGCUCUCUGCAGAGGAAGUGAUUGGCCGCAGCCUUCCAUCGCUGCAGGACCUACCCAUAACAAACCGAGUGCGUACUUGUCUCGCUUCUUACGCUCUUCUGCAAUGGGAGAAGGUACUACAGGUGGCCAGGAGACGCGUGGUAUCCACUGGAGGGAGCAAGCUUUCAAUCCUUCGAAACUUUCACGAGAGCGGCUGA